AUGGUGCACAACGUGAGGACAAAUGAAGAAUUCAAGGAGGCCCUUGAGACGUAUGACAUUGUCGUCGUCGACUUCUUCGCCACGUGGUGUGAGCCGUGCAAAGUCAUUGCGCCUGUCUACGCCCAUUGCCACGAGCUGGACAAGUUCAAGGAUUUUCGGUUCCUCAAGAUCAAUGUGGAUGAACUGCCUGACCUAUGUGAGGAGUUGAAAGUGUCCUCCAUGCCGACGUUUCAGCUGUACAAGAAGGGCGAGAAAAUUGAUGAGCUGCAGGGUGCUGACCGUGAAGGUUUGAUUAAGCUUCUAGAGAAGGGUCUG